AUGUCGACCCAAAAGCCAGCUAAAACCAAGAAAUCUCACAAGAGUGCAAACGCGUCUCAAUCUUCGUCUGUCGCCGAGGCUUCGUCCAGCAAGAAGCAGCAAGUGUACGACACGGUCAAUAUCGGGCUCGAUGUAGUGGCGAAUGUAGCUGAAGGGUCGGAUAUUCUUGCUCCUCUCAAGGCAGCUUGUAAAACUACAAAGUCUAUCCUAGAUGUCAUGCAGGCACGUUGGCGAAUUGUGGCCAUAGAUAGCAACCAAGAGGAUUGGAAGGAUCUAACGCAACGUCUGGGAGAGUAUAAGACUGCACUCGAGGAACAAAUCGCCUUGAUCGGCAAAUACCCCACAGCGGACAAGGACAUCCACGAGGCGCUCAACCAGCCGGUUGCCCGAUAUAUGGAGCUUCUGAAAGGGAUGCAAACCACAGUCGUCAAUUUACAGGAGAAACGCAAGCAAAGCAAACUUGGCUUGCUCAAAGCGUUUAGCAAAGUGAAGAUUGAUGCGGGAGAGAUUCGUAGAUUCAAUCGGGAUAUUGAGGACCGGCAUAGGCAGUUGAUGAGUGCAUUGACUCUGUUUAUCGCUCUACGCAUUCAAGCUAUGGAAGAGCAAUCCAAAGCCAACGCCGACUCCACUGCAAUACUUCAGCUCCCAACUGUAGACUUCGCUGCGUCAACUGUUCAUAGAACUUGCUUGGAAGGAACCCGCAAAGCUGUUCUCCAAAUGAUCUGGGACUGGGCCAAUGACGAUGCGUCAGAUAAGCCGAUAUUCUGGCUCUGCGAUAUCGCCGGCUCCGGCAAGUCCACAGUUGCGACGUCCGCAUUGGAGACAUGGCAAAGGGAAGGAGCGUUAGGUGGCCGAUUCUUCUUCUCCAUAGCAAGUAACGAGGCAUCUACAACCGGCAAAUUCUGUUCCACCAUUGCAAGAGACCUUGCCCACUAUAUCCCCCAGCUCAUGCCGGGUAUCGCCGACGCCAUUAAGCGUAACCCCUCGUUCCUGCGAAGCUCUCUUGAAGAGCAGCUUCGGGUGCUGGUCACAGGCCCUGUUCUUCGUCGGCAGCAGCGUGUGAUCCUCGUCAUCGACGCUGUCGACGAGUGUAAAUCUGGAACACAGCGUAAACAGCUGCUCGACGCGCUUUGUGUGGCCGUUCAAGAGUGCAAGAAACUCAAGAUAUUUAUGACCAGUAGACCAGAUCCUGUCAUCCAGUCGACCUUGGGGGCCAUUUCGAUCAAGGCCAAAGUGGAGAACCGCCUCCACGAUGUCAAUCACAUAGAUAACGUUGAUGACAUCGCUGCCUAUAUACAUCGAUCGCUAGAUGAGAUUCUAUCUCCUGACAAGAGGCAGCGACUGGUCGAAAAGGCCCAAGGACUGUUCAUCUGGGCGAGCACUGCUUGCCGGAUGCUGAACAGCGAAGCCACAUGGGACACGCCAGAGAAUAUCUAUGAUCGACUGAUUUCAGUGGACAAGGCGGGAGACAUAGACGACGUUUAUGGUCUCAUCUUCGAGCGGAUAGACCCAAAAGCUCAAGAGUCGAUGUGUAAAAUGCUGGCCCUGCUGCUGGCAGCGUUCGAGCCGCUGACGGUGGAUGAGGUGCAGGACAUCCUGACGCAUGUCAAAGUACGCGGGAGUGUGAAAGUGUUGGUGCAGAAUCUAGGAAGCGUACUGAGCGUGGAUGAAAGGACACAGCUAAUCCAAUUUCGCCACCCCACGCUUGUUGAAUACCUCCGACGGUGCUCCAUGACUCCAGCUACCAGCAAAUUCUCCAUUAAACUCGCAGAGGCUCAUGGACAAGCUGCGUCGUGGUGUCUCAACCGCCUCACAUCACGGACCGAUGGGCUCAAGUUCAAUAUAUGUCAAAUCGAGUCAUCUUUCUUCCUCAAUAAACAGAUUCCGAAUCUUGCCGACAGAAUAUCCAAGUUUAUCCCGCGGCAGCUUCAGUACGCAAGCUCCCAUUGGUGUUUCCACAUGGCGGAAAGUGAGAGCAGCUGGCGAUACAUACUCAAGAAAGAACUCGAAAAGGGAAUACCACGAGCAAUAAACGGCCUUGGAGCAAUUGCACGUCACGCGGAACUUGAAGAGGAGAUAAGAAAUAGGAUGACGGAGAUCCGGCGGUUUAUGAUGGCAUUUUGUGCCGAUCCAAGAGAGUGCUCCACACAUCUACAUUUCUGGGCUUCCGUUCAGCGGACGUUUAGAGUGACUGAGGGACUUGAGGCAACGUAUUCCGGCCUUCCGAGAGCUCUUCGAGGCCACAAAGGUGCGGUGAUGGCCGUCGGAUUCUCGCCAGACGGCUCACGAAUCGUCUCUGGCUCGGACGACGGGACUAUUCGACUGUGGGAGGCAGACACUGGCCAGCCAUUGGGAGAGCCACUCCGAGGUCAUGAGAGACGGAUCAAUGCCGUCGGAUUCUCGCCAGACGGCUCACGAAUCGUCUCUGGCUCGUACGACGGGACUAUUCGACUGUGGGAGGCAGACACUGGCCAGCCAUUGGGAGAGCCACUCCGAGACGGCUCACGAAUCGUCUCUGGCUCGGACGACGGGACUAUUCGACUGUGGGAGGCAGACACUGGCCAGCCAUUGGGAGAGCCACUCCGAGACGGCUCACGAAUCGUCUCUGGCUCUUCCGACGGGACUAUUCGACUGUGGGAGGCAGACACUGGCCAGCCAUUGGGAGAGCCACUCCGAGGUCAUGAAGGUCUGGUGAGGGCCGUCGGAUUCUCGCCAGACGGCUCACGAAUCGUCUCUGGCUCUUCCGACAGGACUAUUCGACUGUGGAAGGCAGACACUGGCCAGCCAUUGGGAGAGCCACUCCGAGACGGCUCACGAAUCGUCUCUGGCUCGGAAGACGGGGCUAUUCGACUGUGGGAGGCAGACACUGGCCAGCCAUUGGGAGAGCCACUCCGAGGUCAUGAAGGUCUGGUGAGGGCCGUCGGAUUCUCGCCAGACGGCUCACGAAUCGUCUCUGGCUCUUCCGACAGGACUAUUCGACUGUGGAAGGCAGACACUGGCCAGCCAUUGGGAGAGCCACUCCGAGACGGCUCACGAAUCGUCUCUGGCUCGGACGACGGGACUAUUCGACUGUGGGAGGCAGACACUGGCCAGCCAUUGGGAGAGCCACUCCGAGGUCAUGAGAGAGGGAUCAAUGCCGUCGGAUUCUCGCCAGACGGCUCACGAAUCGUCUCUGGCUCGGACGACGGGACUAUUCGACUGUGGGAGGCAGACACUGGCCAGCCAUUGGGAGAGCCACUCCGAGGUCAUGAGAAUUGGGUGAUGGCCGUCGGAUUCUCGCCAGACGGCUCACGAAUCGUCUCUGGCUCUUCCGACAGGACUAUUCGACUGUGGGAGGCAGACACUGGCCAGCCAUUGGGAGAGCCACUCCGAGGUCAUGAGGGAGGGAUCAAUGCCGUCGGAUUCUCGCCAGACAGCUUACAAAUCGUCUCUGGCUCACGAGAUGGGACAGUUCGAUUAUGGAAUGCAGAUACCGCCGUAAGCGCCCACGUUUCUGACUCCAGAGACGUACGCUCCAGUCUCGUAGACGAGGAACAGGCUACUCCUCUGAGAAUCGUCGUCCCUGGAUUCAAUCGAUGCUCAAUGAUGCAGGAUGGCUGGGUGAAAUCUGCCGGUCGAUUUCUCUUCUGGGUGCCACCAGACAACCGGAAUGGACUAUUAUAUCCUCAUAUUAUGACGAUGCCAACGACGAGUCGAUACCGCCCGACCAGAAUUGACUUUACCCACUUUCAAUGUGGAUCCUCUUGGACCAACGUUCGAGCAGGGACCAACGAAUGA